ACUGAAUGUCAGAGCUGUGCAAUUCACAGGCGGAGCGGCGGCUGCAUCCCGCCUUUCCCCGAAGUGUUACAUGAUUGCCACUUGGCAAACUCGUCAGCAUCCUUUUCUGCACAGAUUCCGAAAUCAGCAUGCAGUUCCGGGGCACCACCGUCACAGAGACCCACUUCCUCCCGUACAUUUUUCUUCUCUGCGUGGUUUUUGGGAAGUCACCCGCUGAAGAAGACUUCAUAGUCACAACCAAGGCUGGUAGAGUCCGGGGACUGAGCCUACCUGUUCUCGGUGGCACAGUGACUGCCUUUCUCGGGAUUCCCUACGCACAGCCUCCUCUUGGUAGGCUAAGAUUCAAAAAGCCACAACCCUUAAACAAGUGGUCUGGCAUCCAGAAUGCCACCAAAUAUGCGAAUUCCUGUUAUCAGAACAUAGAUCAAGCCUUCCCCGGUUUCCAGGGGUCGGAAAUGUGGAAUCCGAACACGAACCUCAGCGAAGACUGCUUGUAUCUGAAUGUUUGGAUUCCAGCACCUAAACCAAAAAAUGCCACCGUCUUGGUAUGGAUUUACGGUGGUGGCUUUCAAACUGGGACAUCCUCUCUAGCUGUUUAUGAUGGGAAAUUUCUAGCUCGGGUUGAAGGUGUUAUUGUAGUUUCAAUGAACUAUAGGGUAGGUGCCCUAGGAUUUCUAGCUUUACCAGGAAAUUCUGAGGCUCCGGGGAACAUGGGUUUGUUUGAUCAACAGUUGGCACUUCACUGGGUCCAAAGAAACAUAGCUGCCUUCGGAGGGAAUCCUAAAAGUGUAACGCUUUUUGGAGAAAGUGCAGGAGCAGCCUCUGUGAACUUUCAUUUGCUUUGUCCCCAAAGUUACCCUUUGUUUACCAGAGCCAUUCUGGAAAGUGGAUCCUCUAAUGCGCCCUGGGCAGUAAUGUCUCCGGAGGAAGCCAGAAACCGAACUUGGACCUUAGCUAAAUUUACUGGCUGCUCAAAGGAGAAUGAGACAGAGAUGAUUAAAUGCCUUCAAAAUAAAGACCCUCGGGAAAUUCUUCUGAAUGAAAGGUUCAUUCUCCCCACUGAUUCCCUCUUAUCGGUUUAUUUUGGUCCAACAGUGGAUGGCGAUUUUCUCACUGAUAUACCCCACACACUGCUCCAACUCGGACAAGUGAAAAAAACUCAGAUCUUAGUGGGCGUUAACAAAGAUGAAGGGUCAUCUUUUCUAGUGUAUGGGGCUCCUGGCUUCAGCAAAGACAACGACAGUCUCAUCACUCGGAGGGAACUUCAAGAAGGUUUAGAUAUGUAUUUCCCAGGAGUGAGCAGCUUGGGAAAGGAAGCAAUUCUUUUUUACUAUGUGGAUUGGUUAGGUGACCAGACACCGGAAGUUUACCGGGAGGCUUUGGACGAUGUUGUUGGGGAUUACAAUCUCAUCUGCCCUGCACUGGAGUUUACCAAGACAUUUUCAGACCUUAAAAAUGAUGCUUUUUUCUACUAUUUCGAACACCGGUCUUCCCAACUUCCUUGGCCUGAAUGGAUGGGAGUGAUGCAUGGCUCUGAAAUCGAAUUUGUCUUUGGUUUACCUCUGGAAAGAGGCGCAAAUUAUACGAGAGCUGAGGAAAAUUUGAGUCGAUCCAUAAUGAAAUUUUGGGCAAAUUUUGCAAAAUACGGACAUCCCAAUGGGAUCCAGAAUGAUAGUACAAUGUGGCCUGUCUUCACAAGUACCGAACAAAAAUACCUAACUCUGAACACAGAGAAACCAAGAAUAAACUCUAAGCUCCGUGCUCCACAAUGCCGAUUUUGGAAACAUUUUUUUCCUAAAGUCUUGGAAAUGACAGGAAAUAUUGAUGAAACAGAGCAAGAGUGGAAAGCAGGAUUCCAUCGCUGGAGCAAUUACAUGAUGGACUGGAAGAAUCAAUUUAACGAUUACACUAGCAAGAAAGAGAAUUGUAUGGGUCUCUAAUUAAUAGAUUUACCCUUUCUCGAAUGUUCAUUUUCCUGUAGAUGAGAGCAAAAAUACCAGCAGCUCUCUCCACACAUACCAAGAAUGCUAUUAGACAGCAGCGAAACAAAUGCCAGAGGAAAGUAUUGAUUCCUCGCGUCUUUCACUUAGUAUUUUACUAACCUUUCCGAACCGAGUCACCGAAAAAUUGAUUUAUUAAUUUAUAGAAUUCAAACUUUGUGUAUUAAUACCACAUGCACCUCUGAUCUUGUUUUCCUGGAUAACCUUAUGGGUUUGCCUACAAGGAGCACACUCUUUUUAUUAACUCCUCCAUUUUCCGAACCACGUAGAAAAAAGUAUCUUGAAAAACUGAGUCAGAUUUUGAAACACUAGAUAUUAUAGCUUAUUUUAGUGUUUCCUAUAAUUUAUUUAUAAACUUAGUGUUAAUAUGGAAUAGUAAAAUAACAAAAAAAUUGCUAGUAAUAUAUACAGGAGCAAGAGAGAAUAGAAAAAUAAGAACCAUAGUAUCUGGGAAAGGUGAUAGUGAAAUAAAAGAUGACAAGCACCAACUCAAGGAAUUUCAUGCACCAUUGAAAAAUUAAACCAACUUGCUGUCCUGCAUCAGGAAACACGUUUCAGGCAUCAGUUCCUGAAAAUGACUUGGCAUAUGGAGUAGGUCCCAUACAAGAAGUCCACAGCGAAAGAAUACAUUGUUUAAAAGUGAACCCUUUUCCUCCAUGCUGUGCUUUGGGGCGGACCCCGAAAUCGGUUUAUAGGAACUCUUGGAUAUUGUGCCUUUAACAGAUUCACAGAUGAAACAAAUGUUCGAGUUAAAUUACUCAUGAAUUGAAUGUAUGUGAAUCAAGACUCGACAUCAGUCUAGUCCUCUCUUGGUUAAUAAUGAGGAACUGUUACUAUAGAGUUAAAGUCAUAUAGCUGUCACCUAACUUAGGUGAUCUUUUGAUUCAUUUCUCAAAAUAUGACAAAUAAACAUGUCUUAGAUUAUAAAAGAAUAAGUGUGGCUAAUCCACGCAAUUUAUUUUAAUCAAUUAUUUAUAUGCUGAAAAAUGAUUUUAGUGGAUUAAGGUUCAAAUUUUGAUUUAUGAGAAGUAAAGCAAUAAGACUCAUCUUUUUAAAAAGUUCCCUUCUUAUAAUAUCUAAUUUUUGAAAAAUAAUAUGCUGAACAUUAUAAUGAUGGGAUAAUUUAAAAAGUAAAGUAAUUAAGUUCUUAUCAAUCUGAAAAUUUCUUGGAUGAUUAUUAAUAAAAUUUUAGCUGUGACACAACCCAAUGCCUAAUAAAAGACAAUCUGCACAUUGCUGAAGAAAACAACAAAAUUAAUAGUGAAAUUUCAUAGCAUGGCUGUCAAUACUGAACUCAACAACACCAGUUUAAAAAGCAGAUUUGUAGGAUGGAAAGGGCUUUGCCUAAGUAGCCUGAAUGUCAACCAUUAUUUACUAUCCUUUCACACUGAUAAAGAUAAAGAAAAGUUCAUCAGCAGUUAUAAAAAUGCAUACAAAUGUGUCUUAGGGUUCUUUAAAGGAACAGAACAGAUAGAAUAAAUACAUAUAUUAGAAAGAAAUUUAUUUGAGUGGUUUAGCAGAAAUAUAUUAGUAGUUCAAUAAUGGCUGUCUCUAACUGGAAAGGCCUAGAAUAUAGAAACUGUUCAAUACACAGGGCCGAAAGUCUCAGCAUUCCCACUCAGGUGCUGGAAGCCUCAAGAAAUACUACAGUUUCUGGGCUUUUGUCUUCUUUGGAAUCCCCAAAAGUGGGUUCUAAUAUUAGAGAAGGGAUGUCACAUUAACAGAAUAGAUUAAAUUUACCUGCAAGAAUUAGGCUAAGCAGGUAAAAUGCAAAAUUUCCUUCUUCCAUGUCUUUUGAUCUGAGCAGGCACCAUAAGGUGUAUAACAUAUUUAGGAUGGGUCUCCCUGUUUCAAAUAACCUGAUCAAGAAAAAUCACUCUCAGGUCUGUCCUGAAACAUGGGAAUAAGUUAAUUUCAGCAACCGUGAAGAUGACACCAAAAUUAGGCAUUACAAAUCCAUCCAUCCAUUGUCAGCCUGACAUAUAGCUAGAUUUCCUCAAGCAAAGUUUAAUUUCCAAAUGAAAGCAAUAAUCAAGUCAUAAUUACACCUAACAAUCUAUAACUAUCUCAUGAAAAGCUGUAAAUAUAUUAUCUAUUUUAGAAUAGCUAGCAAAAUCCCUUGAAGAAUCCUUAGUCUUUUAGUGUCUUUCAACUUAAAUAUGACAAUAUUAAUGUAUAACACUUAACCAAUGAUAUUAUCUCGAUUGAUGUUACAGUGCAUGCAAAAGAUAUAGAGGGAAGAAAUCAAAAAUAUCUGUGUAUACGUGCUAACAUAUUGUUAACAUAAUAAGACAGAAACUCAUACCAAUUUCAAUCAUUUCUACAAAUGAAUCUUGGCCAGUAUUUAUAACUACAUUUCUCUACUACCCAUUUCUUUUCCUCCACAUUUAGUAAGCAGCUUAUCUUUAUGGGUUUCCUGGAAGUAAUGUCAAUUAAAAAUCAGUAUCCAAUAGGCCAUGCAAAUCGGAUUGUUUAUUUUUCCUCAGUGCUUAGUUACUCUAGUAGAAGACAGAAGGCUAACAGUAAAACUCUUCAGUAAGCUAAGACAAUCCUAACUCACGGGGAUUUGGCCUUCCCUCAUUCACGAAGUUCUAGGUUUUCUAACUGGCUCAAGUCUGAAAAUUGGCAUGUAGAAAUUCCUUAUUACAACAAUCCAAUUUAUCCUUUCUUGUAUUUGUUCUAGAGUUUUUCUGUUUACAGAGAUGAAACAAACAGAUAGGCUUCUAUUUAAUUUCUUCCUAGAAAUACCAUGUUUCACUAGACAGUACCAACGGUCCCUACGGGUCAGACCUUUGCACAUAUUGCUUUGUAUGUGUGGCCCAUUCCAAUACCUAUGCUUGUCUUGCCUUUGACAAUUCAAUGAUGCCACCUGACCUAUGCAAGUCAGUGGCCCAAUUAAAUCCAUUACAAUUAAUUUAUGCAUUGAGCAGCAGCAUCUUCAAUGUUAAGAUCUGACCUAAGGAAAAGAACAAUGACAAGGCUCUCCAAAUGUGUUGGAGCCCUCUCAGCAUUUUCCAUGCUACCCACUCAUUGUUUUCUGUAGUUCAGGGCAUGUAUUCUUUGCUCUGCCACUGUAAAGGAAUAGAUAUUUCCAAGUUUAUCUUCUCUAGCAUUCCAAAUUAUGUGUCCUAAAAUUCCCAUAAUCAAUAAUAAGCUUUGUCAAUAUAGCAGGCCAUUCAGUUUCUUUUAAGUAGAAUAUCAUUUGAUAAAUACAUCAGCCUACCAAUCAUACAUACCUCUGCUACCCUUUUUCAAUUGUGAAAACUUCCAUAAUAAACCUAGAAUCAUCAUUCAGUGGGUGUAUAUCAAUAAUCUCAGCCUGAUCCAGUUUUAUGUUCCUUCUACCAUGAUCCUUAAGAUCGUUAAGAUCUAUACCCAAUCAUGUUCCCUGGACCUCUACUUUCGUGAACUAGAAAGUUCAGUAAAUUCUUUAGUAGGUUCAUUGAUCUCAAAGACCUCACUUCUAGGAGCUUUCUUAGUCUCCUUAAAGAUCUACAGAAAAUAAUUAGUUGGCACCAAGGAACAUCUGUAUAGUCUUGCCUAGCAUUUCCUUCAGGGCAGAUAAUUUUGAGUUCUUCGUACAAAGCAGGGUCAAUUUUCUCAUGCAAGGAUGAAGAGAGGGAUAUGUUUGGGAUGCAUAGUCCACUAAGUGAGAUAAUAUAGCGAUUUGAAUGAGAACACCCCUCCCCCAGGCACAGGCUCAGAUAUUGGAACUCAUGAUCCUCAGCUGGUGCUGUUGUUUGGGAGGUUUAAGAGGAACAACCUUGCUGGAGGAGAUGUUUCACUCUGGAUAGACUUUGAGAUAUAUAACCUCAUUAUUCUUCUACUUCACCCUUUCUGUAUCAUGCUUGUGUUUGAAGAUGUAAGCUGUAAGUUUCCUGUUACAAGCACCAUGACUGCUGUUUGCUGCCAUGUUUCCCACUGGGGAUUGUUAUCCCUCUGGAAAUAUAAGCCCAAUAAAUGCUUCCUUCUAU